AUGUCCCUCGCCGCUCUCAUCAAUGCUGUUCGCAACAUUGAUCGUGGCCCUGCCACCGGGUACGAGGCAAACAAUGACAAGCUGUUGCUUCGCUUUUACGAUGUACUAAUGCGAACCUGGCACCUGGGCUUUACGUCCUUCGGAGGGCCUCCUGUCCACUUUCGAAUUUUCUAUCAGCGCUUUGUAGAGGGUCUUGGAGGCAAAACACCAUGGAUUGAUGAGCAAACGUACCAAGAGCUUUUUGCCUUGUGUCAAGCUUUGCCCGGCCCUGGAAGCACCAAAAUGCUCUUCUGCAUGGCCCUCAUCCAUGCCGGCUUUCUUCCCGCCAUAGUUACCUUGCUAGCCUGGAGUUUGCCAGGCGCCGUGGGCAUGUUUGGACUUUCGCUGGGAGUUCAAAGACUGGAUGAGCUGUUACCAGACAUUGUAUAUGCUCUUCUAUCUGGCUUGAAUGCUUCAACCGUUGGCAUCAUUGCAUUGGCAGCAGUUCAACUAGCGGAGAAGUCUAUAAAAGAUAACAUAACCAGAAUCCUUGUUAUUGGCGGAGCGUGUGCCGGGCUGUGUUACAAUGCCUUGUGGUACUUUCCAACGUUAAUGGUAAUAGGGGGCUGUUCGACCGCCGUAUGGGACCUUUACGGUCGACGAAAUGUUGCAAAGUUGCGCAGGAAGCUCCGCAGGCAAGACAGAGCUGCUGAGCUAAAUACUGAAGAAGGCACUGCCCAAACAAGUAUACCACUCCAACAAGCGUCAACUACCACGGGUGUACAAAGACGGACGGUCUCAAAAGACGAUGAUGCACCGGAUACAUCCGAAAGACAUCCAGGCCCUCCUACGUCUUUUAUCGCGAUCUUGGUAGUACGAGGAACCAUGGAUAAGCCACCGCUUGAGUUGGAUCUCUUCACAAACAUGUAUCUGGCCGGAACCAUCAUUUUUGGUGGUGGGCCUGUUGUUAUCCCCCUUCUUCGAGAAUACGUCGUGGAACCUGGCUGGGUCAGUCCCAGGGACUUCCUUAUCGGUCUAGCUAUCAUUCAAGCAUUCCCCGGGCCGAAUUUCAACUUUGCGGUGUUUCUGGGGGCAUUGGCAGUAAUCUCAACCAGCUCUCCAACGAUACUUGGUGCCUUUUUAGGAUACAUCGGUAUUUUUCUCCCCGGAAUCUCAUUGGCCGUUGGAUUUCAGAGCUGUUGGCGGGUUAUAAGGAAGUAUCCAAUUACGACCAGCGUGCUCCGCGGGAUGAAUUCAACGGCUGUCGGACUCGUCUUCACGGCCGUUUACCGGUUAUGGGAGAUAGGAUACUUGAGUUCCGAUGCUUCUUCUGGGCAAAGUUUGGGAAAAGAACCUUUUUGGCUGGUUGUGGCCGCACUGACAUAUGCUGAGAACGCUUGGUUCAAUGUACCCCCUGCUAUCGCAAUUAUAUUUGGCGGUAUUCUAGGAUUGUGCUGGUACGGCGCUGUGGGAAGAUAA